AUGCCGUUCCACCACCAUCAGCAGCAACAGCAGCAGCAGCAGCAUGGCCCCUCAAGCAACACGCCCGCCGCGGGGAUCUAUCAAGCAGCCCGAGCGCUGGGCUCGAUAGGCGCACCAACCGGAAAUCUCAGAAGCGCAACCUCAGGCCAGACUGCUGCUGGUACAGACUCCCUUCUUCCAAGCAGUGGGAACGCUCCAGGUCUUGGUCCAUUCAGCGGCGGCUCGACGCCUGCGCUGGGCUCGUCACAGGUGCCCGGCCCAAGCGCUUCUGCCCCUGCGAACAAUCCGCAACCCUUCGAGACUCCACGGCGGACAAAUACUAUUGGAAGAGGAGGAGAGGAACUGCACAUCUCCACCGGCCCGGGCUCAAUGGGUCAGCAUCACUCGGCACAGCAAGGUCUACACACGCCUCAACAACACGGUCAGGCAUUCGACUCACCGCAGCAGUUUGCUGGCGGGGCUCCGAAUAUCAGCCUACAGCAAGCCACGCCUCAGGGCAAUCAGUACGUCCCGAGCCAACCUUCUCCAGGUGGCGUUCCAGGUAGUCUCCAGCCAGCAGGUGGAAAUCAAAGACCAGGCCCUUCCUCCGCAUACACCGCGCCCACGACUGUCCCAACAAUGCCGCAAGUACAAACGAAUGCACAGCAAUACACACUGCCUACUCGCUCGAACACCAUAAACCAGAGUGGUGGUGCCGGUGGUGGUGGUGGAGGAGGGAGUUCGUCUCAUACAUAUUCCAGAUCGAGUCCUGCCGGCCUCGAACAGAAGUACAUACCUUUCUCGAACACGCCCGAGAACGCGAAAUUGGCAUCCACUCCGUCGAGAUACUACCCGCAAACGCCAUCUGGUGCACUAUCACAGUCCCCGCUAGGGUUGGCAGAUAUUAGACCCAGGGCAGGGUCUAGCCUGGAAGAUACCGUAGGACCUGCAGCAGCACUGUCUUCGGAUCAAACCCCCUCAAACAGCAGCUAUCUCGCGCCAUGGGGCGUAUAUGCGUUCGAUUGGUGUAAGUGGCCUAUACGUAAUGGCGACAGUGCCGGGAAGAUGGCGGUUGGGAGUUAUCUUGAGGAUCCUCAUAACUUCAUUCAAAUCUUGGACACCCAAAUAGUACCGCAAGACAACGCCCCUCAUGGAGGAUCAGGUUACGGUAUCGAGUACACCAAGGUCGCAGAAGCAACGUGCUCGUACCCAGUCACUCGUGUCCUGUGGGAACCACCGUCUUCCCAAAAACAAUCGACAGACCUCCUUGCCACAUCUGGUGACCAUCUUCGACUUUGGUCGUUGCCACAAAACGUCGCCUCUCCCAUAAGCAAUACCAUCACUCGAUCAUCAGCGGUGAAUCAACGCGACCCACCAGUCCAAAAGCUCACGCCCCUAGCCCUUCUCUCGAAUUCAAAAUCUCCCGAACACACCGCUCCUCUGACCUCACUCGACUGGAACGUCUUGUCGCCAAAGCUCAUCAUCACCUCCAGCAUUGACACCACGUGCACGAUAUGGGACAUACCCACCCUGACUGCAAAGACGCAACUCAUCGCCCACGACAAAGAGGUGUUUGACGUACGAUUCUGUGCCCAGAGCACCGAUGUCUUCGUCAGCUGCGGUGCAGAUGGCAGCGUGCGAAUGUUCGAUCUGCGCAGUCUCGAACACAGCACAAUCAUCUACGAGCCCUCCGACAAGACCGCCGACAAAGACGGGAAAGGCUCUCCGGCCGGUCGCAUGUCUCCAACCAAAGCCCAGCAAACAAUGUCCUACGCGCCCCCUCUCCUCCGCCUAGCAGCAUCCCCCCACGAAUCACACCUCCUCGCCACCUUCGCAGCCGACUCAAACCUCAUCCGCAUCCUCGACAUCCGCCAACCAGGCCAAGCCUUCCUCGAACUCAAAGGCCACUCCGCCCCCCUAAACAGCAUCGAAUGGUCGCCCACCCGCCGCGGCCUCCUCGCCUCCGGCGCAGACGACAGCCUAGUCCUCAUCUGGGACCUCAUGAACAACGAGAACAGCGCCUCCUUGAACGGCGGCGCCGCGCCCGGGGGCGGGCCCAUGAUGGGCGCUCCCCAACAGCAACAACAGCAACAACAGCAGCAAACACAGACGCAACAACAACAUCCGCAGACACAGCAGCAGCAUCACGCCAGUCAGACUACUCAGGCCGGCCAGCAACAGACUCCGAGUCAAAAGGGCCCUUAUGCGAGUUGGAGAUGUGACUACGAAGUAGGCAAUCUGAGUUGGGCGCCGAGUAGUGCGUUGACUGGGCAGGGUGGGGAGUGGCUUGGUGUUGGAGGCGGGCGCGGGAUCUGGGGGGUUAAGAUAUAG